GAUCAUCCUUAGAGGCACAUAGUAGCCUCACAGGCAUUUUUCAGCAGGUAGUAAUGACUCUCUACAGCUUUCCUGGAGGUGCUGUGUAUAUUGACGACUUUAAAACAAGACUGAUAAGAAUAAAAGAAACUGUGUGCAGGAUCACUUCACGUUUUUAAAUUAAACAUUGUUGCCUUUUGGUCCUGUGUCAAGCAGCUUCUGCAUUUGCUUCAAUGAGGAAAUAGUGGUGAUAAGAACAGGCUCAGUGUCAAACUUAAAGAAUUGAGAGUACAUAUAAGUGCAGUUUGUAUCGUUAUAACAUGUUGAUGUUGACCUAGAGGCAUGGAAAGUUCCACAACCUGUGCUGUUAGUCGCUGGCAUAGACAGAUGGUCAUAGAAAGAUGUGGAUCGCAUAUUUUUUGUGUUUCCUGUUGCAUCACACGUCAUCUUUUAAACUGUCAAGGAACUACUGCUGUGGUGUAAAACCUAUGCCUCUAAAAAGCUGUUGUAGAAAAUGAUAUGGUGUUUGAUACUAUGUUUUAUGGUGUAAAAUAAAUUACUACCAGUUCAGUUGAAGUUAAACAUUUUCAGUCAUUUUAUUUAUCCCACACUAAUGGUAUUUAUACUUCUGUUUAAUGCUCCGGAUGAUUGUGUCUUUAUUGUGCUGCUCAUCAUAUGUUCUACUGUCAGGAUGAAGAAGAAAAGGCGAGGUGAAUAUGCAACAGAUGAAAACAGCAGCACACAUACUAAGCCUAACGAGGAUGUAACGUAUGCCUCUAUUGACCACGGCACUGCCAAAGGAUCAAGUAGAAUUAGAGACACCGCUGAUGAUGACUGUGACUAUGCAACAGUUCAUGUCCCAGAAGCACUUCAACCCGAACCGCAGUCUGAGUGCUCAUCUAAAGACGAAGGUGCAGACGAUUAUGUGCUCAUGGGAUGAACAGAAACAAGGGGAAGUUCAUUUGGAUUAUUGCAAGAUGCAGGACUUGUAGAUAUGUAAAACAGGAGAAAGUGUCUCUUAAUCAAAUCUUGAUCUUCAAUGAAGAAACGUGACGAAAGAGACAUCCACAGUCAACAGCAGUUGGUUGCAGGAAACGUCAAUCCCCAACACGUUUUGAUCAGCUAUUGAGAAAACUGUUGUGUUCCUUCCUCAAGAACACAAACUUGCAUCGCAUUUGUCAAACACAUGUCAAGCUUUUAUAUUAUAGCAUAAAAUAAUUGUCAACAAA